AUGGGACACAUGCCACCUUUUGUUCUUGCUUUUCUUCUCAUUAUGAUGUUUAUUUUAGUUUUUUUGAUGAUCAUAGCCUUGGAAACCUCUCCUUCGCCGUCUUAUGGGAAUGCAGAAUUGUGGACCAGCACCUAUUCUAGCUUCCGUCACCAAUUUUCCAUCAGCAAUUAUCCGAGUGUGCAGAUAUGGAACAAUCAUCCAUUACCACAGCGUCGUGACGAUGCAGCCAUGAAUGAUAUUGAGAAUUCGGACAUUUCCCGAGAUAGCUGCUAUGCUGUUGCGAGACUCACUGCAUACGAAGCAAAGGUAGCCAUCUCUUCUCGAUACAAGAUCCAUCGUCCGACUGUCAGUGCCGGGAUUUGUGGCACCGGGUUCAAGAUAUGGAAAUGGACACCGACUUACUCGACUACCACAGGCCUUGCCUACGACUCGGAAGUAUCAGAACACAUUGGAAAGUCACAGAAGCCAAAUACUCGAGCUUCAGGGAAUACUAUUUACGUUCGCAUCUUAGCGUUCCUCAGCAGUUCCAACGAAUGCAUAGCUUAUGACAUCGAUGACUCUCUCUGA